AUGGCGAUGGAGACCCAAUUCUCGGCAACAAUGGUGGACGAUAUGAGGCUUCCCAUCCACGGCGAAGCAUCACUGCAGCUGCAUAUAGGUGCGUUGAGGUGGAAGCCGAAGCUACCUGUCACCAACAUCAAAGGGUUAGAUUUCAUCUUGGGGCGAGAUUUCCUGAAGCGGUUCAACCCCGAGAUCGAUUGGGUCAACAGUAAGGUGUGCAUCUACAACAACGGGAAGCGGAUAGAGCUACGAAGCUGGACGGAUACAGGGGAGGUGCCUGAAACGACACUGGCGCGGUUCGAACGGACGGUGAACGAGAGUAACAUGGGUUACUUAGCACUGGUCAUGGUGGGAGCAGAGGAGGAGAAGCUGAGUUCGGAGCUACCUGCAGCAGUAAAAGAGGUCUUGGAGCAGUACAAAGAUAUAAUGCCCGACGACCUACCUGCAGGCGUACCUCCAGCACGCACCCACGAGCACGAGAUCGUGGAGGAACCAGGUGCGAAACCCGUCUCACGUGCACCAUACCGACUGAGUCCGACCGAACUGACAGACAUGAAAAAACAGAUCGAAUAUUUACUGGACAGACAACUGAUCCGCCCAUCCACCUCUCCCUACGGUGCACCAGUUCUCUUCACCCCAAAGCCAGACGGCAGUCUACGGAUGUGCAUCGACUACCGCGCACUGAACAAACAGACAGUAAAAAACAAAUAUCCCAUACCGCGCAUAGACGACCUACUGGACCAAUUGCGUCGUGCAACAGUAUUUUCGAAGCUGGACCUACGGUCGGGUUACUGGCAGAUCAAGAUGGCGGACAACUCGAUUCACAAGACGGCGUUCCGUACCAGAUACGGCUCCUACGAGUACUUAGUGAUGCCGUUUGGACUCUGCAACGCACCAGCGACGUUCCAGGCGGAGAUGAACCAUAUUCUACGGCCCCUGCUGGACGAGUGCGUGGUAGUGUACCUGGACGACAUUCUCAUCUACUCCAAGAACAUGAAGGAGCACGUGGAGCAUCUGCGGAAGGUGUUCAAAAUCGUGCGGAAAAACAAGUUCUACGUGAAGCUGUCGAAGAGCGACUUCGCAAUGAAAAAGGUGCAGUUUCUCGGGUACAUGGUGAGUGCAGAGGGCGUACACGUGGACCCGCGGAAAAUCAAAGCCAUUAAGAAGUGGAAAGUACCGAAGAACGUGAAGGAGUUGCAGCAGUUCCUAGGCUUCGCCAACUACUACAACAGGUUCGUGCCGCAGUACGCUAAGAUAACAACACCACUGACCGACCUUCUGAAAAUGGAUACGCCCUUCAAAUGGGAUACUCCUCAUCAGCAAGCCAUGGAGCAGCUACAGACAGCACUGACUAUAGCGCCAGUACUCAUCCUACCAUACUCAGACAAGGACUACGUGGUGGAAGCAGACGCUAGUGACCAGGCAGUUGGAGCAGUACUGAUGCAGGACCACGGACACGGUUUGCAGCCCAUCGCCUACCUCAGUAAGAAGCUACACGGAGCAGAACUAAACUACCCCAUUCACGACAAGGAAGCCUUAGCUAUAGUCGUAGCCUUCAAGGCAUGGAGGAGUUAUUUAGAGGGAGCCAAGACCACAGUUUACACUGACCACUGCAGUCUCAAAUACCUGAAGUCGCAGCCGACACUCUCACGACGACAUGUGUGGUGGGUGGAUUUCUUGGAGACCCACUUCCACUACGACAUCAUCUACAAACCCGGGCUACACAACAAGGCAGACGCGUUGAGCCGCCCCGGUCAUGUAGCAGGCAUCCAGCUCGACGGGAUGAACCCUCUUCUCAAGGGUCUAUUCCAACAUGGGUACUCCGUGGACGCAAAGUUAGCAACGGCAGAGAAACAGAAGUUGUUACAGUGGGAGAAAGACUUAGCUGUAAGGAAGGGAUUACAAAAGAUUGGGUACCGAACGAUGCCCCGUUACAGCAUAUCCUACUGGAGGAGUUUCACGAUGUCCCAUACGCGAGACAUUUCGGGAGCAACAAGACGUUAG